AUGGGCAUGAUUACCUUCUUACCUGGAAAUACCCAAAUCUCAUUAAUCUCAACAUCACUCACAUGCUAUACAUUCUACCUCCUCCGCACCACCAGCCCUGCUCAUGUCCCAUAUCAAUUCAUGUUAAAUUUCAUCAAUGUCGUCUCGGUAUCGGCUUAUGUACCGUUAAUACUGGUAAAAGUCUUCGAAAGGUUCGAAACGUUUGUACGAUCCCAAGUCUCCCAUUCAGAUAGUUACUCAAAGAAGAAAGGUCAGAGAGAAAGUCUUUGGAGGAGAUGGAUCAACAAUUCAGAGUUUUUACUGUGCUUGACUCUUUUGCAAUUCGCUUUAACAUUCGGAUUCAUCGCUCUGUCCAUCUUAUCGCUCUGCACUCACCACCCUCCCCCCUUUCCCUCUUCUUACUCUCAAUCUUCAGCUCAAUCCCCCGACCAACCUUCUCGGACGUAUACACUUCCCAUUCAUCGUCCCUCGUCUUCUCCGACCGACCUCAUCGGCUUACUUCCCCUCCUAUUGUCCUUCCUACAUCUGAUAAUCCUCUCAAUACAGCUUCUGUCUUUCACAACAAUCAUAGUAGAAAUUCGGAGUUCGGUGAGAUACUCUUUCGUCGAUAGGUCUUUAUCCGGUCUAUUGGAGAGGGACAUAACCGAUUUGAUCAAUCUCAAGAACGAAUGCGAUCACAGAUACCCUUCCAAGAAAUGGGUAGAUAAUGCAUUUACGGAUGGUCGUUCCUCAUCGACCUUUGGAUUGUACUCUUCUCCUUCUCGUUCCAACAAUGAUAACGGUGGUGAGGAUGGAACUCCUCGUAGGAGAAGUAUUUCUACCACCUCCACGGUACUAGGUACUCCAUUGUCUGUACCGCUCUAUAGGGAUCAUCCAGUGGACGAAGGGGAUAUCCGAUUCACAGAUCCGUUCAAUUUCACUAAUAGAAGCUCUUCUAGAGGUGGAAAUGGGAAUGGGAAUAGAAGGUUAUCAGUAAGGUUUGAUCUGACGAGACAUCUCAAUGACAAUCAGACUCUCAUUACUCCUAAGAAUGGGUACGAUGAAGAAUCUCAAAGGAACGAUUACUUCUCAUUACCUUACUCAUCCUCCUUCUCGGGACUUGUAAAAGAAAAAGAGAUAAUUCGACCUAUUCCAUUGAGUAUAAUCAAAUCACCCAAGAAUACUACAGCGCUCGGAUUAGGAUUCUCACCCUCUUCUUCGAAUGGGAGUGAAACGCUAGAAGAUAUACUUGAAGAAGGACCGGAUGAAGUUGAGCAGGGACAAGGGGAAAGGAGGGAUUCAUGGAUGGAUAUCAAAGGUGAACAAAGCGUUUGA